CCAUCUGCUCCUCUGUUCCUCCUCUUCUCUUUGUGUUUAGAGCCGUGUCCGUCGCUGCUGCUGCAGAGACACAUGGCAGAGCUGCUGAGUGUCGACAAAGACAUGGCCGCCUCGUUCCUCAACAGCGUCCUGAACCAGCUGAACUGGGCGUUCUCUGAGUUCAUCGGGAUGAUCCAGGAGAUCCAACAGGCCGCAGAGCGUCCAGAGAGAAACUUCGUUGACACCAGGCAGCUGAAGGUGUGUGCGACCUGCUUCGACCUGUCCGUCAGUCUGCUGCGAGUCUUGGAGAUGACCGUCACUCUGGUUCCUGAGAUCUUCCUCGACUGGUCCCGCCCCUCAGCAGAGCUGCUGCUCAGACGACUGGCUCAGUUGUUGAACCAGGUUUUGAACAGAGUGACGGCAGAGAAGAACCUGUUCGAUCGUGUUGUCAACUUAAGACUUCCAGGUCUGGAGAGUGUCGAUCAUUAUCCGAUCCUCGUUGCUGUCACAGGGAUCCUGGUUCGGAUCCUGGUUGACGGAGACAGACAGGGGUGAGUUUGAGCUG